CCGUUAAUCAAAUGCGUCCGUCUCGCCCGCUCCCCCGGUGUUUGUCUCAGAGCGUCAGCUGAGCGUCGGGGUUCGGGUCUCCUCGACUUCUACUCGAGUUUUGUUUGUCUGAGCUCGUGUCUCUUGUUUCAGUCGAGUUGUAUUCGAGCUGCACUUGGUCCAGUCCGCCGUUUUUGGAAAAGUGGGUUAAAGUGUAAACAGCGUUGACUCGAGAUGGCUCCGCACAAAACAGCUCCCCUGAUCCAGACCCGUCACCAUGGAUGCUGAGCACCACGUGCUGAUGAAGGAAUACAUGGAGAUGAUGACCGACAUGCUCGUGCUCUGCGCCACUCUGGCACUGUCGAUUUUCUUCUGGGUCGUCUCACUCAUCGUCAGCAGCUACUCUGGAACUCUGCAGCCCGUGUCGCCGUGGCGAUGGUUGUUCUCCAUCCUGGUUCCCCUCAUGCUGACGGGCAGAGCGCUGAAGAGACGCAGCCUGGAUCGCUCCGGAGCGCUGGGGGCUCUCCUGGUGGGAUUCUUGUUGACGAUGGCCAACUACAGCUUCUUCUGCUCUCUGCUGGCCUUCUUCAUCACCUCGUCCAAACUGACCCGCUGGGGAGGAGCGCAGAAGAAGAAGAUAGAUGCCGAGUACAAAGAGGGGGGCCAGAGGAACUGGGUCCAGGUCUUCUGUAACGGAGGAGUUCCCGCCGAGCUUGCGCUGCUUUAUAUGAUCGAGGUGGGUCCAGGUGAGAUCCCCAUCGACUUUGGGAAACAGUACUCGGCCUCCUGGAUGUGUCUCUCUCUUGUGGGCGCGCUCGCCUGCAGCACCGGGGACACCUGGGCGUCGGAGGUGGGGCCCGUCCUCAGCCAAUCCAAGCCUCGGCUCAUAACCACCUGGAAGGAAGUCCCGGCAGGAACGAACGGCGGAGUCACUCCGGUCGGACUGGUCGCCAGCUUCCUGGGCGGACUUGCUGUGGGCGUGGCUUACUUUGCCACGCAGCUGCUGAUGGUCAACGACCUGCACCUGGCGAACCCCCAGUGGCCGAUCAUGGUGUAUGGCGGCGUGGCCGGCCUGGUAGGGUCGAUGCUGGACUCGUUCCUCGGGGCUCACAUGCAGUACUCAGGCUUCGACUCGAGCAUCGGGAAGGUGGUGAGCUACGAGUCGGCCACGACCCAGAGGAUCUGUGGGAAACCGAUCCUGGACAACAACGCCGUCAACCUGUUCGCCUCCGUGCUCGUCGCCCUCUUCCUGCCCGGCCUGGCCUGGGGCCUGUGGCCUCAGUAGACCGGUCAGAGAAAAACCACAUCACACCGACAGAGAAACCAUCUCCUCCGCCUGUGUUAUCUGUAUUAUAUACAAACUGUCAGUAUUUAUUUCUCACUCUUUCUAUGAAAAAGACAGAUUUAAAAGCUCCUGACGCCUCGGAUCACUGAACAGGCUCAAAACAGUCGACGUCGGAUGUUCUACAUGUAAAUAAAAGACGCAACACUGGAAAGAAACAAUGAGACAAACAGGAAACUCAAAAACAAAAAGAUUCAAAAUGACCUCAGUGAGACCGACUGAUAUUUUACGGUUCAGCCAUAAACCACAAUUAAACAGAAAACAUUUGCAACAAGAAAUAUAGAAGCUGAAUUUAAAAAAAUUCACAUAAAACAAACAUCAAUGAAAAUCUUUUCUGCAUUGUUUAUUCUGUAAGAUACGUUUUUCGUAUCAUCAAACUAGAUCCCGGCUGAUAUGAGCGCUUAUGAUUACAGAUAUGAAAUCUUCUAAUAAACACUGGGAUGAGUAAAAUACA